AUGGUCGCCGCCUGUCGGCCGCUCAGCUUGGUCUUAACAGCACUUCUGCUUCUUUCAACAAGCUCAAGAGCACUAGCCUUCCCACAACUUGUCCCAAAGGCGGAAGAUGGACUGGUCGAAGCGCCCCAUGAGCCGGAGAAGCGUUCGCCACGGCUACUGCUUCACGCCGCCCCAGUCACCAUUGAUGGAGAGCCAGCUACCAUCCUGCCGGGACUGACACAAGCAGGUGCAGACACGCUGGACAUUGUGGUCAAGCACGACCUCAACAACGGUGAUGACAGCGAUGGCUCCAGCCCGGCUAGGAUCACGGUGGCUGUCGCCGCUGAUGAUACUGGAUCUGAACCAGGCGAGGAAGAAGUAGACCACGACAACAAAGACUCGCCACAAAGUCAGCACGGCCACUGGCCAGACUACGAUCGAAGCAAAAGCACCAAUACCUCUGAUAAAGACUCCGACAACGACAACGACGAUGACACCAGCAUGAAAGCUAAGCGGCACCUCGCCCAGCAUACCAAACGCGGCAUCCUGAAGCCUAAGGUCAAGCACCACCCACUCACCUCUUUGCUCAGCAGCGAUACAAUCUUCGACACCACCAUCGUCCCAUCCGCUUCUCAAGAAAACGAUGAGGACUGGAUCAAAGUCCAGCGCGAGUAUGCCCUCCAGCAGACUUGGCGGCGGUCGACUCGAUCUCACCUCAAUUACCCACUCCAUACUCCGACUUCACCUCUUCAGAGAGACAGCAACUUCGUAUUCGCUAGUCUUUGCGCACGUCUAUACGCUUGUGGUCCAUCUGACCUUAUCAAGGCGGCCGAGCUGAUGGAGAUGACUCGACAAGACAUCUGGACAGCCACUCAUGACGGCAGUUUCUUUCAUUAUGGCACACUCGGGCGGCCUCUGUCCAACGAACACUUGUUCUGUAUCCCGCUGCUACGGUCAGAAUGCUUCACACUUUCACAUUCCGAUUCAAUCGUCCCCCCUUCCCAGGCGGAGUACAGAUUUUGCACGUCGGGUCCCGUAGGACCCCCUCGUGGAUACUAUGACGACUCCUGCAUUGUCAAGCAUAAUUCACCAACCAUCAAGAGUGUCUUCGAGAGAUUGUCCAUAAACACGGACAAAUAUCAUUGGGACGCUGGUUUACAGGGAGAGAGCUUCAGCGCAGCUCUACAGCCCGGCUACCCAAGUCCCACUGAACACAAUCACUGUAAGCGAUUUGGUCACGUUGUCUACAAAGGAUCUGGAGAUCGACAUCAGGCUCCUUCCAUCGUCCUUCCAUUGGGUCACUUGCUUGUCACGGCUCCACCUGUCUUCUCGGAUGAGGUACUUUACGAUGGCUGGGUUGAUUGCGAAAAUCGCGACGAAUGCGACAAUUGCGACAAUUGCGACGAUUGCAAGAAUUGCUAUAGUUAUGAGGCUCAUGAGAUUCAUCGUCGAAAUUGCGUUCCAACCUGGUUCACUGUGGUCGUUGACCUAGGUCAUGUCGACAAACCUCUAUGGCUUGUGCGAGAUCUAGAGUGUGUGAACUGGCAGUCAAAGGCGACUGGUAUCGAUCUGGAUGGUCUCUGCCGCAAAGAGGAAGUCACACUUCUGCCCGACGACAAAGAUGCAUCUUACAUCGACAAGACAACCCUCCAGAACUACUCCCAUCGCCCCGAAUACCACAAUCGCAUGCCGGAUUUCGCUCAACUUCUCAAGGCUGGCAACGUUGACGGCUCACAAGUGGACCUGAUCCGACUGUUUCCUCGCAUGUCUGACUGGGCGGACGGCCGUGUUCCCACAAGUAUUAAUUGCUACACUAACACCCAGCCCCGACUGUCCUAUCCUACGACGACGCAGCUGCGAGAAGCUGCUGCUACGUUUCAACGUCAGCGAGUCGAGCGUAGGGGCCGUGGGCGCAUAAAUCUGAGGUUGCCUGGACCUCGGUCUUGGUGGAGGACGACUGAUCCAGAGGGAGGGUUCGAAUGGGGCGUCUGA